CGCCUCUGUGUCCCGCCGGCACAGAGUGUGCGCUCCGGGAGGCUGGGGUGUGCAGCCCGGCCAGGAGGCUGCAGACAGGAGACUGCACUGUGCGUGUGGCCAGGGAGGGGGCACCGCCUGUGCCUGGAGGGGUCUUGUGUGGAGAGCAAGGUCUCCACUGACACUUUCUCCUUAAACCAAAAGAAUGUUAACUGUCCCUUGGGGAGGGCCCGGGCUGCCUGUGCUCAGCGCCUCCGGGACGCUGCAGCUGCCUGGGGCUCUUGUGUGGUGGCCUGGUGGUGUGAGCGUCACUGCUGCCCCGGCCCCAGUUCCUCUUCAGUUUCCUGGGGUGCCUUUCACAUGUGCUGGGCUCAGAGCAGUCACACCCGUCCGUGGGACACACCAGCCUGGAGUCAGCACAGAGCCCUGAGUCCUGUCUCCCCGGCCGCUGCAGGAACAUGCUGGUGUGGAAACCGUGAGGCAAACGUAUUUGCUGACCGGAGCGCUGCAGGUGCUGCCUCGGGCAGGAAGCCUCGGUGUGGCCGCCGGGGCCGUGAUGCGGUGACCCACAGAGAUGGUCGUGGCAGGACAGAUGCGGAGACCGAGUAUAGCCAGGAGGCUCCAGGUGGAGCCCCCUUUGCGGGUCUCAUCAAUCAAGGCCUCACCUGCUACCUCAACGCCCUCCUGCAGUGUCUCUUUCUGACUCCUGAAUUCCGAGACAGGAUCCAGGAGAAGCCUUGGGCCUCCCAGCCCGAGCAGGCUCUUGGCCAGAUCUUCAGGGGACUGCAGAGGCGGUGUGGACCUGUGCCAACGAAUGCCCUCACCACCUGCCUGGGUCUGCACGGAGGGACGUCCACCUUGUGCCAGGCUGGGUUUAGAGACUCUGCCAAGGAGAGAUGUCCACUCCACACUCUAGAGGGCUCCGUCCAGCAGGACGUGGCUGAGGUGUUUCUGCUUCUGCUCCAGCACCUGGGCCGGGAUGAAUUGCAGGAGGUGUUCCAGAGUGAGGUGGAGAAAAUCAUCCAGUGCUUGGUGUGCGGCCACGAGGAGCGCAUUCCAUCAGGAGGCAGGAUGCUGAUCCUGCCCCUGGCUUCCCACACCCAGCUCUGUGGCUUGGAGGGGGCUGGGCAGAAACCUGGCAAGCCAGCCAAUCCGUCUAGUGGAGUUUCCCAGGACACCGAGAUGCUGAGUUUCUCUCUAAUCCAGAAUUUUGAUGAUGAAGACAAUCGGUUCUUCUGUGAGCCUUGUCAUGCCAAGACCCCCGCCUCGGAGGAGACACGCUUCCUGCGGCUCCCAAAGGUCCUGAUUCUGCAAGUCAGGGAGCUGACAUUUGAAAACGGGAGGUUUCACAAAAUUCAGAAGCCUAUCAACAUUGCCCAGGUGCUAAAACUGCACACCAGCCCCAGAGAACUGACAUUGCCUAAGUGUAAAGCUUCCCACAGUGGCACACUCACCCUCAACCCGCCCCAAUCGCCCUGCAGGAGGAGAGAGUCUACCACCUCUACGCCAUGUGCUGCCACUCGGGAGACUGCAGUGGGGGCCACUACACAGCUCUGGCCCAGCCCCCCGGCAGGGCGGAGUGGUUCCGCUUCAAUGACCAGCAGGUGCACUGUGUGGGACAGGAAUUCCCUCUGCACCACACGUUCAGAUGCGGCCGCGUGCCUGGCGGGCAGGACUCCACUCAGGUGCGAUGGGUCCUGUCCCCACUCCUCUCUCAGGUCUGAGACCCCGUACCUACUGCUGUAUCGCUGUCAGGAAACUGGAGAUAGGCAGGAGCCAGAGGCACCUGGGCCUGACAAUGGGGAUAUGAGAACCAUGACAGAUGUAGCUGUUCCAAAGGAGAAGCUGCCUUGUCCAGGAGUGGAGGGAGAGACUCUCAAGACAGACUCUGCCACAGUCUGCUGGGGAGGACACAGCCAGAGCCUCUCUCUUCUCCAGGACAACGAGCCCGUCUGCCACAGACAGAGUCCUGCCAAGAAGUACAGGAGGGACGUGGAGCCUGGCCUUGGGCACAAGGGCAGAGCCUCAGAGCACGUGGAUGAGGAGGGGCCUAAAGCGCCUCCACCAGGGGAGCAAGGGGAGGCCCAAGGCCUGCCCUGUGGCCCCCAGUGUAGCCCCGAAGAGGAACUCCCUGCCAUGGGAAUGAGGAGCUCGGCAGCUGAAGACCAAGCCCUGUCCCACCCUGCGCAGGGCCCAGCACAGCCCGGAAAGACACCCCAGCCUGCUGUCCUGGAGGAAAUGCAAGGCUCAGACACCAGCGAGCCAGGUGGUCGAAGGGGCUCCCAAGCAUCCUGCCUUGGUGAAGCAGCUGCCACCUAUGUCUCCAGCCCGAGCCUGACAUCGCUUCCUGGCCCCCACCACUGGCUCACCCCCAGCCCUAGCCACUUCCCCAGGUCUCUCCCCAGCACCCACUACCCUGCCAGCCUGGACGUUGCCUUUGGGGACCCUUGCAGCCCCCAGGGAGGAAGGCCUCCUAUCCUGAAGCUGUCUAGGGCCAGUCCCGGGCCAGACUCCCACCCAGGGAGCUCCAACCCAGCAGAACUAGAGGCAGAACAAGGGGUGCUUGGUGGGGAGACUGGGCAGAGCAGGGUGGGGUCCCCAGGGCUCUCCCCUCACGCACUGUCUGCUGUUCACAUGAGGAUGGAGCCUACCUUCUCCAAGCAACUGCAGACAGACAGUGGACAUGAGGACAGGAAGAUCUCUGCAGACCAGGAGAACAGUCAGGACGAGGGCUGGACCAUGAAGAGGGACAGGUCUGCCUCAGAAGGCUCUGAACUCCAGGGCACAGGGUGGCCCUGAUGACCCUGCCCAGAGACACACUGGGAGGGGGCAGAACCCCGAACCCGGACAGAGGAGCACUGGCGCUACCAUCCAACCCACUCCAGGGUCAGGUGGGCACUCAGGAAGGCGCGGAGCCCCAUUUCCUGCAUGACUCCACCCGGGUGGACAGUGGAGGGGCUUUCCACGUGCUGAAGGCAGACCCCAGGGUCUCGGGCCACUGUCCUGAGCAUCGCCCCUCAUGGGUGCCAUGCUAGUGGCUGCUUCCACCCUACUCUGGCCUCCGGGGCAGCUUCUCCCCUUCAGAGCUGUGGCCCAAAAGUGAGCCCAAGAGCUUUCCCUCGGGGGGCUGGGACAUCUAACGGACGUGGGCCUGCAUGUGGGAUAGAAACAGGUGGCCUAGCGUGGGGCAUCUCCACUCUACAGCUCCUCACCUAUAGGUGCCCCGGGAGCAAACACCUGUGCAAGUGUGAACGAAAGACACUGUAAAUCUGCUCCUCGCCCUCUCUGGGAAGCAGAGGGUCUUCCCUGUCCCGCCCACUCAAGGGAUCCACUGCUAAACGUUCCAGGGUGUGGAAGGCCAGUCAUUAAACACAGCCACUGUGAACAAAUCACAGAAAUUUGUACUUAAAUAAAUCUUAAUAGGUACUUAAUAAAAUAGGUACUUAAAUACCUAUUAAGGUAAUAAUUA